AUGGACUACUCAGAUAACGAACAAGAAUAUGAAAAACUACCAAGAGUUAAUAAAAAUUGGAUAAUUAAAGAAUCUAAAAAACUUCCAAUUAAAUUACCUGAUGGAAAACUCCAACACAAAAUUCUAGAAAAUAAUGAUGAGAUGAUAGUUGGCAAUGUGGAUGAAUUGAUGAAAAUGGACGAGGAGGAUAAAGAAGAAAAUGAAAAAGAUGAUGAUGAAAAAGAAAUUAUGGCUGAUGAUGAUCAGAAGGAAAAAGUAAUAACCAAAAAGGAAUAUAUUAUUCAAAAGAAAAAAGAAUUGGGACAAAUUGCUAAAAAGAUUUUAGAAGAUCCUGAAACUAAUAAAUUAAGAGAUAUUGCAAUGGAUGAUAAUAUCAAAAUAAGAAAAUUGGCACUUUUGACUCAAUUAGUAGUUUAUAAAGAUAUAAUACCAGGACAAUUAACCGAUAAAGAAAAAGCUGUUAAGGUAUCUAAAGAAGUUAAAAAGUUACGAAAUUAUGAACAAGAUUUAUUAUCAAAUUAUCAGAAAUAUUUGAAUUUACUUGAGGACUAUAUAAAAGAAAACUCAAAAAACCCGACAAAUAACAAUGAUAAUGAUAGGAAUGUGAAGGAUCAAAAAUCCCUAGUUGUCACUGCAUUAAGAUGUGUAUGUGAAUUGUUGACAUCUGUUACUCAUUUUAAUUUUAGAUUAAACUUGAUGAACAUUAUUAUUGGAAGGAUGAGUAAAAAAACUUUUACUAAGAUGACAGCGAUUUGUUGCGAUUCUAUAAUUGAAUUAUUUAAGAAUGAUGAGUCAGGAGAAGCGAGUUUGGACGCAGUUAAAUUGAUGACAAAAAUGUUUAAAUUUAAAAAUUAUAUUGUUCAUGAAGAGAAAAAAAGAAAAAUGGAAAAUAAGUUGGCAUCAAAAAAGCAUUUAUCAAGAAAAACGAGAAAAUGGGAAAAAGAAAAGAAGAAAAAAGAAAUUGAAAUGAAAGAGGUCGAGGCAGUUGUUGAUAAAAAGGAAAAAGAAAAUAGACAAACUGAAACUUUGAAAUUAGUGUUUAUAACAUAUUUUAGAAUAUUAAAACAUGCAAACGGUUCAAAUUUAUUGUUACCAGUUUUGGAAGGAUUAGCAAAAUUUUCACAUUUGAUAAAUAUCGAUUUUUUUAAUGAUUUAUUAGAAGUUUUAAAAAAAAUAAUGGUUGACUGUAUACCGGAAGAAGAGAAUAUGGCGGUGACAAAGAAUAGAAAAAUAAAAGUUGUUGGUAAUUCUGGUAUGGAAAGAAUUGAUACACGUAAAUGUUUGUUAUGCAUCAUUACAACAUUUCAAUUACUUUCUGGUCAAGCAUCUUUUCUAAAAAGAUUAUCAAUUGCAAGUUUAAAUUGGUCAAAUGAAACAGUUUUAAAAUGUUUAAAUACAAUAGAGAAAAUGAUCAAAAGACAAAUUUGUUUGGAAACAUUUUUAUCAUCAGAAGAUAAGAUUACCAACGGAAUUUAUAAACCUGAUUUAAAUGAUCCAGAAUUAUGCAAUCCUUUUGCUACAAGUUUAUGGGAACUAAGUUUACUUGAAAUCUAA